AUGAGUAGUGCCUCCGGUCUUAUUGAGCUCGCUCAGAGCCUGAUUGAACAUGGUCCCCGCAAGACGUUGCAGACAUCCCGCCGCUUGCGGGCCGUUCACAACCAAACCACUAUUGUGGAUACUACUCACGGAGUCUAUGUCUGGGAACAUGACAGUUUCCCCACUAUCUAUGUACCAGUGGUCGAUGUGAAGAACGCGAAGCUGGUCGACAAAAAGAACAUAUCGGUGGAGCUCAAAGAGAGGGCCGCGAUAGCUCAACUCGUGAUCCCAGCUCAUGAUAGUAUCAAAGAGGCAAAAGUAGACAAUGUUGUGCGCUUCUUUCAAGAUGUGACCCUUGGGACACUUUCUGAUAUGGUACGGAUUGAGUUUCGCAGUAUAGAUCAAUGGUUUGAGGAAGACGAACCAAUCUUCGUCCACGCGAAAGAUCCCUUCAAACGCGUUGACAUCCUGCACUCCACGCGUCCCAUUGAAGUCAAAGUCCACGGCAGAACUGUUGCGAAGGCUACAUCAUCCAUGCAUCUCCUGGAGACAGGUUUGCCGACUCGUUACUACCUUCCAUUGUCUGCUGUUGAUCAAUCUGUCCUGUCGAAAAGCCCUGUCCGAUCCAAGUGUCCGUAUAAAGGCGAGGCCGAAUACUAUAACAUUGUCAUCGACGGAAAGACCUUUGAGAACCUGGUCUGGUACUAUAACCACCCAACUCUCGAGAGCGCAGCGAUUGCACGACUGGUCUGCUUUUACAACGAGAAGGUUGAUAUUAUACUGGACGGGGAACUCCAGGAGCGUCCCAGAACCAAAUUUGCCUAG